AUGAAGGAGAUAGCACCGUGCAAAAACAGGAAGCCCCUGCUCUGCCCUGCUGCUGGUGAGAAGAAGAAGCCCUCACAACUGACACCGCAGCGGGGCUUCAGUGAAAAUGAUGAUGACGACGACGAUGACUCAUCUGAGACUGAUUCCGAUGACGAUGAUGACGAUGAGGAGCAUGGAGCGCCUCUGGAAGGAGCCUACGAUCCUGCAGACUACGAGCAUCUACCAGUGUCAGCGGAGAUCAAGGAACUCUUUGAGUACAUCAGCCGGUACACGCCUCAGUUGAUCGAUCUGGACCACAAACUGAAACCUUUCAUUCCUGAUUUCAUCCCAGCUGUUGGGGAUAUUGAUGCAUUUUUAAAGGUGCCACGGCCUGAUGGAAAGCCUGACCACCUCGGCCUCUUGAUGUUAGAUGAACCAUCUACGAAGCAGUCGGACCCCACUGUGCUCUCCCUGUGGUUAACAGAGAAUUCCAAGCAGCACAACAUCACGCAACAUGUGAAAGUAAAGAGCCUGGAGGAUGCAGAAAAGAAUCCCAAAGCCAUUGACACCUGGAUUGAGAGCAUCUCUGAGUUACACCGCUCUAAGCCUCCUGCGACUGUGCACUACACCAGGCCCAUGCCUGACAUUGACACGCUGAUGCAGGAGUGGUCCCCCGAGCUUGAAGAGCUCUUAGGAAAGGUGAGCCUGCCCACGGUAGAGAUCGACUGUAGCCUGGCCGAGUACAUUGACAUGAUCUGUGCUCUCCUGGACAUCCCCUUCUACAAGAGCCGGAUCCAGUCCCUCCACCUGCUCUUUUCCCUCUACUCAGAAUUCAAGAACUCCCAGCAUUUUAAAGCUCUCGCUGAAGGGAAGAAAGCAUUCACCCCUCCCCCCAACUCUGCCUCCCAGGCUGGGGAUGCAGAUUCACUAACUUUCAUCUGAGCCACCUCCCAGGGCUGUGCUUGCUUUAAAAUCACACGAAGACAACGACGUUUUCUGUUGGCAGCUUAACACUGGCCUGCUCCACACCUGGGCUCCAGC